UCCGGUCGUAUCUUACGUAUAUCCGCUUUCAAGAACAGAUUUCCUGCUCGUUUCUCAUUUUGCUUCCCCCCAUUUUUUGCUCGCUGGUCUUUUAGCUUCACUGUCGUCAGACUCGGUACUGCAGCCAUGCGGGUGUACAUGCUGUUCGCGGUGGCGGUGCUCUCCCUGAGCCCGGCGGCGGUGAGUGGAGCCGAGAAGAAGAAGCUGCAGAUCGGCAUCAAGAAGCGAGUGGACAACUGCCCCAUCAAAUCCCGCAAAGGAGACGUGCUGAAUAUGCACUACACCGGAAAGCUGGAGGACGGCACCGAAUUUGACAGUAGCAUUCCCCGCGACAGGCCUUUCACCUUCACCCUGGGCACCGGCCAGGUGAUCAAAGGCUGGGACCAGGGCCUGCUGGGCAUGUGCGAGGGCGAGAAGAGGAAGCUGGUCAUCCCCGCCGAGCUGGGCUACGGAGACCGGGGAGCCCCCCCAAAGAUCCCCGGCGGCGCGACGCUGAUAUUCGAAGUGGAGCUGCUGAGCAUCGAGAGGAGAUCCGAGCUCUGACGAAGAAGAAGGAGAGCUUUGAGAACGGUUCCAGGAGGUGCUGCGGCAUUAAGUGGAGACCAAGUGACACCUAAUGAAGAUUAAAAGGCAAAUGUGAGAGAAGAGUCUGCAAAGCUCCUGUUUUCCUUCUAGCAGUUUUGCUUUUUAUGCUCUGAUUCAUUGAAUUGAAACUGAGAAGAUGCAAGAACUGGCUGUUUGUACCAGCUAAGCUCUAGAGUGAGGGUUGACAGCAGCAGCUACGUCCUGUAUUUGACUGUGCUGUGCCGCCUCUUCAUCUCAUUUCAUUUUAAUUUUCUGUGAGCGGGUUUAUUCACAUCUGCACACCGUUUUUGUUAUUUGGGGAGUUUUGUUCAGAAAAUAAUUUAGUGUGAAGUGGGAGUUGGGUCAGACUAGGAUCAUUUUUUUUCACUGUAAGAAUUUGAAUUAUGUAAUAAAAUGUUUAUUAGUA